AAAAAAAUUAUCCUAAUGAUCAACCAACAGCAAAUAAUUCCAAAAAAACUUCACAUUUUUCUUGUUUGCAUUCACAAAAGAGGAAGAAAAGUCAUGGAUUUGAAAGGAUAUCUUGUGGUAAAGCUUGCUUUUAUUCUUGUUGGUGUUGUAAGUGGAAACAAUAGCUAUGGUGUCGACUCCAAUUUGAAUAGAAAUAGUUUCCCACAAGGCUUUGUUUUUGGGUCUGCUUCAUCAUCUUACCAAUACGAAGGAGCUGCAAAUAAAGAUGGUCGACGACCUAGUAUUUGGGAUACCUUCACACACAAAUAUCCAGGCAAGAUUCAAGAUGGGAGCAAUGGAGAUAAAGCUAAUGAUGCUUACCAUCGCUAUAAGGAAGAUGUUGGGAUUAUGAAAGAUAUGAAUUUUGAUGCUUAUAGAUUUUCAAUUUCUUGGUCAAGAAUUCUGCCAAAUGGAGAACUCAGUGGAGGAGUGAACCAAAAUGGAAUUGAAUACUACAACAACCUUAUCAAUGAGUUAGUAGCUAAAGGAAUAAAGCCAUUUAUUACACUCUUCCAUUGGGAUCUUCCCCAAGCCUUAGAAGAUAAAUAUGGUGGUUUCUUGAGUCCUCAUAUUGUAAAUGAUUUUCAAGACUACGCCGAACUUUGCUUCAAAACUUUUGGAGAUAGAGUAAAGCAUUGGAUCACAUUGAACGAACCAUGGACAUAUAGCAUGGGAGGUUAUGCACAAGGCUCUUUUGCUCCAAAUAGAUGCUCUGACUGGCAGAACCUCAACUGUAGUGGUGGCAACGCUGCUACUGAGCCAUAUAUUGCUUCUCAUUAUCAGAUUCUUGCUCAUGCUGCUGCAGUCAAACUCUAUAGAGAUAAAUAUCAGAAAUCUCAAAAGGGUUUGAUAGGAAUAACAUUGGUAUCUCAUUGGUUUGUUCCUGUUUCAAAUGGAAGAAGAGAGCGGAAUGCUGCAUAUAGAGCUCUUGAUUUCAUGUUUGGUUGGUUCAUGGAUCCAUUAACAUUUGGAGAAUAUCCAAAGAGCAUGCAAUCCCUUGUUAGAAAGAGACUUCCAACCUUCACAAAAGAGCAAUCUGAGUUAGUGAAAGGGUCCUUUGAUUUUCUUGGAUUCAACUACUACACUGCCAAUUACGCAUCAUAUACGCCACCUCCCAACGCCAACCACAUGACCUACUUCUCUGAUGCUCGUGCUGCUCUCUCAACCGAGCGUAAUGGCGUUCCCAUCGGUCCGAAGGCAGCUUCCCCAUGGCUUGCAGUUUACCCUAGGGGCAUUCGUGAUGUACUUUUGUAUAUCAAAGGAAAGUACAAUGAUCCCCUCAUCUAUAUUACAGAAAAUGGUGUUGAUGAGUUUAACAAUGCCUCUCUCCCUUUAAAGGAAGCACUUGUGGACAACUUCAGAAUUGAUUACUAUAAAGCUCAUCUCUCUUUCCUAAAAAAAGCAAUUGAGGAUGGUGUGAGAGUAAAGGGGUAUUUUGCAUGGUCAUUGUUGGACAACUUUGAAUGGUCAAGUGGCUAUACAGUAAGAUUUGGCAUCAACUUUGUUGAUUACAAAGAUGGAUUUAAAAGAUACCCUAAAAGCUCAGCUCAUUGGUUCAAGAAAUUCCUCAAACACUAGAGUUAUCUGGUCAAUAUAUGGACCAAAGAGUAAAGCAUUCCUCAAACACUAGAGUUAUCUGGUCAAUAUAUGGACCAAAGAGUAGCAUGAGAGAGAGGUUUAUCUAAUAUAUGGGAGGACUGCUUCUUACUCGUUAAGAGCAACUUCCUCAUACAUGUGUGAAGUUCAAACACUUCAAUGGACGAAUGAUUUUGGUGUAAUUUUGUCCAAUUGCAAUUGUAUGAAUCUUAUAAUAUUUCUGAACAUAUAUAUGCACUUCAUUUUAAUAACUUAGUUAUUGUUUAUGGUUUC